AAAUCAGUAGCUGAGACAAAUCACUCGAUGGUGACUGAGUUCGUUUUUCUGGGACUCUCUGAUUCUCUGGAACUACAGAUUUUGCUGUUUGGGUUCUUUUUUGUGUUCUAUGCAGGCAUUGUGGUUGGAAAUGUCCUUAUCAUUGUAACUGUGGCUUUUGAUUCCCACCUUCACUCCCCCAUGUACCUCCUUCUGGCUAACCUGUCGCUGAUUGAUCUGUCUCUGUCCUCAGUCACAGCCCCCAAAAUGAUGGCUGACUUCUUCAGUAUCUCCAAGGUCAUCUCUUUCGAAGGCUGCUUCACUCAGGUGUUUCUCCUUCAUUUGUUUGGUGGGAGUGAGUUGGUGAUCCUUAUAGCCAUGGCUUUUGACAGAUAUGCAGCAAUCUGUAAACCCCUACAUUACACUACCAUUAUGUGUAGCAAGGUGUGUGUUGGCAUGGUGGCUGCUGCUUGGGGUACUGGCUUCCUCCACUCAGUGAGCCAGUUGGCCUUUGCAGUGAACUUGCCCUUCUGUGGUCCCAAUGAGAUUGACAGUUUUUACUGUGACCUUCCUAGAGUGGUCAAACUUGCCUGUGCUGACACCUACAGGUUGGAUAUCAUGAUCAUUGCCAACAGUGGUGUGCUCACAGUGUGUUCUUUCAUUCUCCUAAUCAUCUCCUACACGAUUAUCCUAAUGACCAUCCAGCGUCACCCUUCAGCAAGGUCAUCGAAGGCCCUCUCCACUUUGACCGCUCACAUCUCGGUUGUCCUUUUGUUCUUUGGACCUUGUAUCUUCAUUUAUGCCUGGCCAUUCCCAAUCAAGGCAUUAGAUAAAUUUCUUGCUGUGUUUUAUUCUGUGGUCACUCCUCUCUUGAAUCCGAUCAUAUACACACUGAGGAACAAGGACAUGAAGUUUGCAAUGAGACGAUUGAGGAAAUGGAAUGUGAACCCUAGGGUGAAGUCUUAA